UUUAAGAAAAUCUGUAAAAUAAAAAUAUAAAUAUAAAGAUGAAGAAUCUUCUAGCCUUUGCCUGUAUCUUAGGUAUUACCUUAUGCGCUGUUGCAGUUGACUUUGACAGAGAUGGACUCGCCGAUGUCAUUCUACCAAAUUCAGCUGUUACUACUGUUGCCCCAGCUCCUGUUAGCUACAGAGACCCAUGGGUUGUCAGAGACGGAUGGAGAGGAGCUUAUGACUGGACUGGUGAUGGAGUCAUUGACUGGAGAGACGACUUUGUAGUUGGUGGUGCCAGACCAUGGGACGGUGACUGGAUCAGAGCCGACUGGAACAGAGACGGUGUUCUUGACAGAAGAGAUGGAUGGAGAAGAUUUGGAACUGAGUGGGCCACCGGUGCUUGGGACCCAGCAUGGAGAGGAGCCGGAUGGGCUGCUGAACCUGUAUCAGUUAGGGAAGUACCAGCUGGUUUCUACAAUGAUGCUUCAUGGAGAGGUGUUGAAGGACCAUGGGAAACUUUCGGAUGGGGAGGAUCCCUCGUUGCCGAUUGGAACAGAGACGGUGUCAUUGACUGGAAGGACGAUCUCGCUUGGAAGACCGGAGCUCGCAGAGUAUUGUAGGCAUAUCCAUAAAUUUACCUCAUAAAUUGAAAUAAAAUUUGUGUG